AUGACUGUAUCUCUUCCAACAACUUACAAGGCGGCGUUCUUCGAGAACAAAGGUGCCAAACUGACUCUCCGAGACGUUGAGAUCCAACAACCCGGCCCAGGCUAUAUUCUGGUGAAGAUACUCGCCUGUGGCAUCUGUCACUCCGAUCUUUUUGUACAGCAAGGUUAUCUGGGAGACGUGUUUCCUCGCGUGCCUGGACAUGAGGCGAUUGGAGACAUCGUCGCUGUCGGCGAGGGCGUUACUAGGUUCAAGGGAGGAGAGCGCGUCGGAGCUGCCUGGCAUGGAGUCAAUGGAGUGACAAUGGACGGUGGUUACGCGGAGUAUGCCUUGCUUCGCGCCGAGGCAGCGGUCCGAGUGCCUGCAGAUGCCGAUCCGGCCGAGAUUGCUCCCCUCUUGUGCGCUGGAGUCACCGUGUUCAACGCUAUGCGAAACAUGGGUGUAAUCCAAGGCGGACUCGUCGCCGUUCAAGGUCUGGGAGGGCUUGGCCACCUAGCGCUGCAGUAUGGCUCAAAGAUGGGAUACACUGUCGUCGCUUUGAGCUCCGGGAGCGAUAAGAAAGACUUCGCAAGGCAGCUAGGAGCCCACCAUUAUGUCGAUACAAGCGCAGAAGAUGCAGCAGAUGCCUUGCAAAAGCUCGGAGGCGCGAACAUGAUUGUGUCCACGGCACCAAAUGGCAGGGUUAUCAGCCCGCUCGUUGCGGGCCUGGCGCCUCUCGGCAAGUUGGUAGUGCUUGCCCCCCUUGGCCCGGUGGAAUUUGACACAACUGCGAUGGUGAUGAAGGGAACCAGUAUCCAUGGAUGGAACUCGGGACACCAACGAGACUCUGAAGAUGCGAUUGCCUUCGCACAUACACACGGUGUGAAAUGUAUUGUAGAGGAGUUUUCGUUUUUGACUAAGUACCAGGAAGCGUUCGAGAAGAUGAAAAGUGGCAAAGUUCGCUUCAGGUCCGUGUUGACUCUGUAA